AUGGCAACGACGGCUUUAAAAAAUAUUGACAAAGUGCAAUCGCGUUCUAAAUCUAAAAUGAAAGAAAGCAAAAAACCACUUAGCAGGAGCAUCCUGAAAUUUGCGGUAGAAAAAGGACAACCGGAUGUGGCACGUCUGAAACUUUUAUUAUGCAACAAUAGUAGUCAUCAAAUGGAAUGGAUAUUAAAAUGUACCGAUAAUGCCAUUACGGCUGAACCAGUGAAAUCUGGUCAUAUCGAAAAGCUUGGAAGCAGUGAAGUGAAUUUAAUGUGGCAACGACCUAAAGCUAUAAAGAAAUGGACAGAUGCACCUCAACCAAAAAUGAAACUUUUUCUGAAAUUAAUUGCCAUUAAAACUAAUAAAGAAAUAGCUGAUGCAUUUACAAAAUUUAAAGCAAUGAUAAAUCCAGAAGCCGAAUGUACAGUGGAUGAUUUACCUGUUCAUGAAAUAAUUUUUAAAUCGGAGGUAAUUUCGGAACAAUCAGCAACUGAUGAAAGCAAUUUCAAAAAUGUCGUUGACAACGCAACAACUGAUCCGGAAAAUUUUCUUGAAAAUCCAGAUACGCUUUAUUGGCUUAUUGUAUUAUUGUGCUGUUUCCUUGGAGCUAUCAUUUUGGAAUCUAUCAGCAAUGAUGAUCGCCAUUCUCGGAGACAUAUCUCCAAUUACUAA